AUGUCGAACAAGUCCCGUCCUCCGUUUGAUCCAUCGACUAUGCACCUCGUCGGUCAUCCGCUGCCCGUGCUCGUGUCAUUGGCCAGCACAGACAAUUCGACCGUUGACUUGUUCAGGGACAGCUUCUUGCGUCCUAUUCUCCUAAGCACUUUUGCUCUUUCAGGCCAUACAGCUGAGUCUGUGCAAUCAUGUGAGGCGGCACACCAGCUUGAGUCAUUCAAGUUGCAUAUGAGUGCACUAAAAGAAGUACAGUCAAAUCUGGCUGUAUUUGGUCUUAGUGCAGAUGACGUUAGUACGCUCACUCGCAUCCGGGACACAUUACAACUUCCCUUCGAGCUCCUGAGUGAUGCACAAGGUGAGCUAGCCGACAAGCUUGAUUUGCCACGUUUCACAGAUGCGGAUGGCAGAGUCGCACUUCGGCGAUGCAUACUUGUGCUAGAAGAGGGCCGUGUCUCUCGGCUUCUCUACCCGCUCGCUGAUGCACGGGAUGCAGGUGCUCGAGCGUUUCGCCUGCUGCGCCAUGGUAUGGAACCAUUCUAA